AUGUUAAAGAUUAGAGAGUUGCAGAAAAAGAGGCAAGAAGAAGCUGCUGCUGCUGCUGCUGCAGGAGGAGGAGGAGGAGGAGGAGGAGGAGGAGCAGGAAUAGGUUCCACAUCCAAUUCGCCAUCCCCUGCACCAUCUUCCACUAAUACUACCUCUAGUACCAAAUCAUCUGCAGCGCAGCUCCGGAUCCAAAAAGAUCUAGCCGAACUCGAUUUGCCAAAAACCAUCAAACUCCAUUUUCCUCGACCCCAAGAUGUGUUCUAUUCUGAGCUCACAAUCACCCCGCAGUCUGGGUACUACAAAUCGGGGCAUUUUCAUUUCAAAAUUGAAAUUUCGGGUAAUUUCCCCAUUGAUCCACCUAAGAUCAAGUGUGUAAAUAAGAUAUAUCAUCCAAAUAUUGAUCUACAAGGUAAUAUAUGCCUUAACAUUCUAAGGGAGGACUGGUCGCCUGUGCUAAGCUUAAACUCGGUCUUGAUUGGAUUGAACUUCUUGUUUCUCGAACCAAACCCAAAUGAUCCAUUGAAUAAAGAGGCAGCAAACAUGUUGGUCAAGGAUAAAAAACAAUUUGAGAGGAAUGUCAGAAAUCUGAUGAGGGGAGGUUAUGUUGAUGGAGAAUAUUACGAUCCCGUGGUUUGA